AUAUUGUAUUACUAUACAAGCCCAAAAAAUUCCUGUACAGACAACUCAAUUGUUUUCCCGUCCCAUCAGAGAGAAAAAAAGAAAGGCAGAUAAGACAGCCUGAGAUUCCCCAAGAUGUCGAACUUCCCGAAGUUAGUCCCUGCGUUCACGGCUCAGAUCGUCCUCGAUGCUCCCGUCGCCAUAGGACAGGUCUCCAGCGGCACCAUCAACGCCGCAGCCCCAUUCGCAACUGAUGGAUUCCUACGAUCCGUGCCUGGCUACCCGGUCAAGGUCGAUGGGGUCUUUGCCCAUGGCUCUGAUUACAUCCGGCAGGAUCCGUCGGGGAAGCAGGCACGUCUCGAAGUCAACAGUAUCGUGAAGGAUAAGAGCGGCGCCGUCAUCAACUACAAGUACACGGGGAUCCUGAACGUUACGCCCGAGGUGGGCGCCAUCCUGAGCGGGAGUCCUGAUGCGAAGACUACGGAGUUUGGGGAUGCUUUCACUCAGAUACUCUUCCAGACUGGUGCAGAGGAAUUGAAGGCCAUAGAGAGCAAGGUAUAUGUAGGAAGUGGCAGGUUCAUUAUUGAAGCUGGAAAACCUCCCGUGGUGGAAUAUUUAAUCAGCGAGGUCACGGCUUGAUAUCGAGAGAAGAGAUACCGCGUAUACUAUAUGGACUACGGCUACCUGAAGACACAUUUGGUUAGUUCGCUAGCAUCCAGUAGUAUCUAUUAAAGUGCUUCCAUUUCUUCGACUACCUAUGGAUGGGGCAAUCUACUACGUUGAAAGCAUGCUAUGCCUUGUGAAAUCACAAAACGCCAUGUCGAGUAUCCCUGCUGAGCAAUGCUGGUAUCACUCUUCG